CAGAGAGAGAGUCGAGAGAGCGAGAGAUGAAAAGUGUAGUGCACGCAGUACACGAAAUCGUGAAAAUAAUGGCAAUUAUUUAGUUUGCACGAAGCGAAAGAAUCGGCAGAAAUAAGCGUCGCUCUGCCCCGCGAAUCGCGAUUCGCAGCCAAUUAAUAUGCUCAGAAAAUUUAUCAUAUAUAUACGACAAAUGAGAUAGUAAAUAGUUUCCUAACCUAUUACCUAUUACUUAACCUAGCUGUGACAGUUUAUCGGAUUGCGGCACGUGUGUAACUUUACCUCGCUUAUUCUGUUUAAAGUUUAAUAUAUGUUUUGUGCCAGUAUUUUGAAAGUAAAUAUAAUUUGAAUAAAAAAACAAAUUCUCCUUUUAAUGCCAUUAUUCCCGCUUGUAAAAUGUUCUGUCGAAAUUUUCGCGCAUCAGUCAAAAACGUCGUAGGUUAUGUUAAUGAGUUGAAUUACUUGACCGUAGCGAAACAAUCCAAGAACGAGCAUUUGCCAUGCAAAUCGCGACUGCGGGUUGGCAGCUUUUGCACGGAGAAACUUCCGAAGAGCGCCAAUGUUUUCGGGGACAUCGCGGGCAGGAAGUUCGAGCGCUUUUCCAUGGACGAGCGCGAGCAGGAGGAGGAGAGGUUCCAGGAUACCGAGGUGCACGUGCCGCGUCGGCUGAAACCCAGCCCGGGCAAGUACGCGCAGAUGAUCAAGUCGUGCAAGGCUAAGGGGGACUUGAAUGCCGCUCUGCAAGUGCUCGACCUGAUCAAGGAGAACCGAGACAAGCCCACGUUGUACCUGUACAAUCUGCUGUUGCACGGUUUCGCCCAGCAGGGCGACGUGAGGCGGUGCUUUGGCCUGUACAACAGGGCGAAGAAGCACGGGCUGCAGCCGAACGCGGCGACCUACACCAGCCUGUUCAACGCCUGCGCCUACGCCAGCGACGACGCGGUGGCACUGGACCAUCUGAACCGGCUGCGACGGUCGCUGUACGAUAGGGGGUUCCCGGUAAACGAGACGCACUACAACGCCAUGAUCAAGGCGUACAGCUGGCACGGCCGGAUCGUCGAGGCCUUCCAACUGGCGGACGAGAUGAGGGACCGGGGUAUCGCCGUCGGUGAUGCCACUUACAACUCCCUGCUGCACGGGGCGAUCUCCGACAGGCAGGCCGGCCUGCGGCACGCCCUGAUCGUGUGGCAUCUGAUGCGCCUGAAGAACAUCAAGGUGACCCUGGCCACGUACAAUCUCCUCCUGAGAGCGAUGAGAGACACCAAUUUGGGCGACUUGAAGCCCGACGAUGUCCUCCUCGCGGGAUUCGACCAGACCAGGAUUUCGGCCGCGGAAGGCGAGAGGCCGGAUCUGCUGGCCUCCCCGCCCGUUUUGGGUACACUUUUACCAUUAACGGGAAACGAGAUGAGCGUUGAGAAAAAACGCGGCGACGCAGCUGUGCAGAAAUCGGUAGGCUUGAACGAUGUGUUCGUCAACAAUCGGCUGAUUCUAUUCGGCGGUCUGGAGGGAUUUCUGAAUCGAAUGUCCAACGACGGUGUUAAACCCGACGCCAAGACCAUCACGCUGCUCCUGGACCUGAUACCGAACACGGUGCCAGCUGAGGAUUUACUCGUCAAAAUCGCGGACGAGAAAGGGAUUGAGCUGGAUAUCGAUUUCUUUAAUAUGCUCAUUAAAAGGCGCAGCAUUCGAUUCGAUUACAAGGCCGCAAAGGAGGUGAUAAACAUAACAGAGAAGAAGAUGCUUUCACCAAACGUAAUGACGUUCGGGGUCUUGGCGCUUGGUUGUCAAGAGUGGGAACACGCCAGAGAGUUCCUGGAAGGAAUAGAGGCUUUCGGCUAUAAACCCAACUCCGUAAUCAUGGGUACUCUCGUCAGUACGGCCUGCCGUAAAAAAAAUUUUGAAUUUUUGUUGUUUGUGAUGAGAUACAUGACGGAGAACUAUAUAAGACCAAAUGAGAAGGCCAUUGCAAUCGUGAAGGAGUUCUCGGAAGGAUUAUCGAAGACAGAGAAACCGACAGGAAAAUACAGACUUCGAAAAGUGAGACGCUUGGAAGAGAACAUCGAAAGAUUCGAACAGCAGUAUCCCAAAUGGCAAAAGAUGAUAAAACAAUAAUUUCAUUACAAGACGAAAUAUCUUUUCUGCAAAAUACAGCCUUUCGAGAAGAAUUUAUGUAUUGUUGUUGGUAUAAUUGAUAUGUUUUGUAAAUAUACACAUACACGAAAUGAAAGGAGAGUAAUAGACGGUAAUAAAUUAGCGAAGGUACGUGGGA